AUGAACGGCAAAAAAAAUUGGGAUAUAUGGGUAGAUUGCACUGUCUAUGCAUACAACUCGGGACAACACUCGACGGUGAAGUCGUCACCGAAUGAGCUCAUGAUGGGGCGGCGUUUGGGAAGUCCGAGCGAACUACUUCGAAGGGCAAGCGUGGCAGAAGCGGCGAGGAAGCCUAAAGGACUGAGUGCGGACUUCACGUACGUGAUGUCCAGUGUGACUGGCCGCUUGGCUGCAGAGAAGCGCGGAGUUGAAUACUUCGUUGGCGAACAAGAACUCAUGACAUUUGGACGUCGUCAGGGGUUGCUGGAGCUCUCACCUUUGCCAUCAUUCCCAGCAAGCAGGGAACCCGAAAAAUAA